AGUUAGCUGAUCCUCCGUGCCUCUCUAGCAAUGCGUGUGCUGCAGGAAUGAGGCUGAGCAAGAGGCGAGCAAAAGAAGAGAAGCAAACAAAGAAUCAUUAGCUUCCCUGCUCUAUGGAGCACUGCUCUGCCUGGAUGCACUUGGCUGCGAAGACUGGAUGCACUUGGCUACAAAGGAAUACGGAUGGGAUCCUUCUUUGACAAUUACCACACAUACAGUGCAGUACAAAUUAGGAACUGAUUAAGACAGAGUGAGAAUGGAAAAGGAAAAGGAAACUGAGACAACCAGAUUGGAAAAUGGAUCCCUUCUCCAAUUCUAUAUGGAAAGAAAAACUCCAACCAAGAUCAACAAAACAGCAGCAAUCAAAAGUCAGCUGAGGAAAAACUGUUCCUGCACCAGGGAAAGAAUGAAAAAAACAGUCGUGGACUUUUUCCCUGUUUUACAAUGGCUUCCCAAAUACAAGUGCAAAGAGUAUAUUUGGGGGGACAUUAUGUCAGGCCUGGUCAUCGGAAUCAUUUUAGUACCCCAAGCAAUAGCGUACUCUCUGCUAGCAGGCCUGAAGCCAAUUUAUAGUCUUUACACAUCUUUCUUUGCCAACAUUAUCUACUUUCUCAUGGGCACCUCUCGACAUGUAUCUGUUGGCAUUUUCAGUUUAUUAAGCUUAAUGGUUGGACAAGUUGUUGAUAGAGAACUGCUGCUGGCUGGGUUUGACCCCAAUGAUGAUCCUCUGGAGAGCACUGGUGGCAGAGAUCCGUUGAAUGUCACAGUUCACAAUUUUACUCUUGGCAGCAUGAGCAUGGAAUGUGGGAAAGAAUGCUAUGCCAUUGGGGUAGCUACAGCACUGACCUUUUUGGCUGGAGUUUAUCAGGUUCUAAUGGGAAUCUUCCAUCUGGGCUUUGUGUCAAUGUAUCUUUCAGAGCCAGUACUAGAUGGCUUUGCAACUGGUGCUUCUGUAGCCAUUUUAACAGCUCAGGUUAAGUAUCUUGUUGGAAUAAAAAUUCCUCGGGCCCAGGGAUAUGGUGUAUUAAUCACCACCUGGGUUAACGUUUUCCGCAACAUUUCUCAAACUAAUCUCUGUGAUGUGAUCACAAGCAUGAUCUGCAUCGCUGUGUUGGUCACUUCCAAGGAACUUGGAGACAGAUAUAAGCACAAACUCAAGGUUCCUCUUCCCACAGAACUGGUAGUGAUUGUGAUGGCUACACUGGUUUCCCAUUAUGGGCAGCUAAAGGAAAGGUACGGUUCCAGUGUCUCAGGUGAAAUCCCCACUGGAUUUAUUCCUCCACAGGUGCCUAGCUUGAGCCUCAUGCAGAGAGUUGCCGUCGAUGCACUCCCUCUUGCCAUUGUUGGCUUUGCUUUCACAGUUUCACUCUCAGAAAUGUUUGCCAAGAAGUACGCCUACACUGUCAAGGCCAAUCAGGAAAUGUUUGCCAUUGGCUUUUGUAACAUCAUUCCAGCUUUCUUCCACUGCUUUGCCACCAGCGCAGCUCUGGCAAAGAGCCUGGUCAAAGCAUCAACGGGGUGCCAAACCCAGGUGUCCAGCCUCGUGAGUGCAAUUGUGGUGCUGCUGGUGCUGCUUUUCUUUGCCCCUCUCUUUUUCAGCUUGCAGAAAUGCGUGCUGGCAUGCAUCAUCAUUGUGAGCCUCCGAGGAGCCCUACGGAAAUUCAAAGACAUUCCCCAACGCUACCGCCUAGACAAAGUGGAUGCGCUGGUGUGGUGCGUUACCAUGCUCUCAUCUGCCUUGAUCAGCACUGAAAUGGGACUUCUGGUUGGGGUUGCAUUUUCUGUCCUGUGCAUUAUUGGCCGCACACAGCGCCCCCAUGCUGCCUUACUAGGACAAAUUGGGAACACUGUCUUCUAUGAAGACGACGAGGAGUACAAAAACCUUCUGCCUGUUCCAGAUGUCAAAAUCUUCCGGUUUGAAGCACCUCUUUAUUAUGCAAAUAAAGAUUUUUUCCUCAAGUGCCUCCACAAGAAGACAGGGCUGGACCCUGCCAUGGAAAUGGCCAGGAGGAAAAAGGCCAAGAAGAAAGGGCAACCAAGCAUGGAGAGGGGACUUGGACAAGGAGAUACUGCUUUAUCCUUGGUUGCUAAACACAGAGACAUUCAGGCUGUCAUCAUUGACUGCUCUUCCAUUCCAUUUUUGGACACGGCAGGUGUAAGUGCAUUAAAAGAAACAUUCAAAGACCAUGCAGAACUGAAAGUCACGGUUCUUCUGGCUUGCUGCAAUUCUUGCGUGACAGCUUCUCUGGAAAGAGGGGGCUACUCAGCCAAUGCAAGCAAAGACAUGCAUGAACUGGUGUUUCACAGCAUACACAGUGCUGUCCAAUUUGUAAGGGAGAGGAAGACUACUGCCGAUGACUCAGCUGUGUAGCCCAAGGUCUCACAUUGUAUCCUCAAUAACUGGCAGUUUUGGGGAUUUUGCAUUCAAUGAAUUUAUGCUGACAUUUUUUUAAAAUACUCAAGAUUUGGGAACCUACUUGAAACCCAAUAGAUAACAUGGGACCUCAUUCCUUAAAAAAACUUUUUAUAGAUACACAGUAGUAUAAAUAUAA